AUGAGCAUCAAGGCAUCGAUGAAGGGCAACUUCAGCUCAAGCUGUCUCAUUAGUUCAUCAAACUUGGCCUUGUGUGCUUCCAACAGUUGUUUCUUGAACCUUCCUGGAAAGGGCAGAGGGGGCUUGUAUGGUGGUGGUCCUGCUGGAGUGUCUUUCUUCUUUGCAACAGGUUUAGCUGGUUGGCUGGAGUUUGCUUUGUCUGCUCUCUUCUGGCUCGAUCGAGCUCUGGUUUGUCUUGCAGUGUCUCAGUUUCUCCAGCUCGAUCGAGUUCUGGUUCAGGGUUUUGUUCCAGCUCGAUCGAGUUCGGAGUCGAGUUAUCAGCAUAGUCGACUAAAUCCUCCCCUUCCUCGUCAUCGAUGUCCACAGCGAUUUGGGGUGGGCUACCUCUACUCGGGAAUUGCUCCACUUCUUAGUGUAACUGCUUGGGCAUACUCUUGUGGUGAAGAGGAUGAUGCACUUGAAGACUCAAUGAUUUGGACUCUUGAAGUCAAUGACUCUAGUUUAGAGUGUAUCUCAACCAGCUUGUUGUUCAUUUCCAAGAACCUUUGGCUUGCCCUUGUAAAAGUUGUUGGAGCAUUUCCUUCAUAUCCCAAUCAUGAGUUGGUUGGGUAUGAGUAG